AUGCAGAAGCGAGUCGCUGCCUCUUUUCCGCACAAUCCGCAGGCCUUUGGCGGUGCGGCGGAGGAUAUUGACGACUCACAGUUGUACACGUCUGCGGAGCUCUUCCCGUACCUCAGCGUGGAGGACCGCGCGACUCUCAGCAAGGAGGUUUUGGCCGCGAUAAACAAUGAAUUGGUGCACCAUGAGAAUUUGGAGGUUACCGUCCCACGUCUUGUGCGUUCCUGUGCCAAUGAGGCGAAGGAGCUUCGUCGCGCCAUCAAUUCCAUGGCCUCGUCGCAGAUGCUGGAGGGGCAUCGCGCAGUGCAGGUUGUAAAGGAGUGCGGUGAACGCAUUCAAGACCUCCGCGAGCUGUUCAUGAAACAAGGCGACCUCAUCACGGGAAUGGAGGUGACCUCAGGGAGCUAUGCGCAGUUGCGACAGCUGCACUUCCUACGCGAAAAUAUAUUGUCCGUUAUAAAGUGGGCCGAGGCACUAAAGGAGGUACGAUACACUAAUUUAUAUGGCCUUGUAGAGCAAAGACAGUUCGCGGAGGUAUAUAAGCGCCUACGCCGUUUACAAUUGAUUCGACGGGCAGUGUCCGAAAAGGGAAGUAGUAGCUACCGCAAUGCUUUUGAGCCCUACUUUGAAAAGUUGGACGCGGUACAGUCAAUGUUUGUGGCGGAAGUCUACAAGCUAUUGGAGGAAAGCUCCGUGCAUGUGGCCAUUCAAAUGGCACUUGAAGAUGUCCAGGAUGCUGGCACCGUCGCGGAACUUUUCCCAGAGUUCACGCAGCUCGAGGAGUGUCUGCAAGUCUGUGGGGAGGAGGUUGGAGGAGGAGAAGUUGGAUCAGAAGGUGGCGCUAGUAGCGGUGUCUUGUGCAACCUUGACGGUGAACCACUCAUCACGGAGGAGAAGGUGUACAGUGCGGUCCGCAAGUGUGUGGCUCGACUCUGGGAAGAGCAGGUUAUGGUGGAUGUUGUGGACCCCUUUGGUCAGAUCACCACGUAUCUUGAGCAGAUGAAAAAGGUGGCGCCACUGCUGGGUGCGCUGGAAAUGUCACUUAUCCCGCUUUCGACGAAGUUUUCCUUUUUUGCCAUCGUUGUGGGUGCCAUUCACAGUGAGGUGAUGGGUGUCCUGCAGGGGUACGUGGAUCCCGCCGCGGAGGUCGAGGCGACUGGUCUACUUGAGGCCUCGCACUUUAUACAGUGGUAUAAGGGGGCCAUGACGGAGGCGAAUUACGCAGCGUACAUUGACCUUGACGCCAUCGAUGGCCUUUCCGCGGUCAUGAUGACAUCCGCCGUCGGGGGUCUUUCUGCGCAUCUUAUUCGACUCUGUCGUGCGUGUGCCAUCUCAACUAGGAGUGGACGAAGUGAGCCAAUAACGCUGCCCAACGGAUUGCCCGUGACGACGGGUCCGGUGGACAUGUUUGCGGUGCUGCAGCAAUCCUUAGCAGGCCUUUCUACUGCCAUUGAUGUGUCUGUGAUGCGCCAGAUAGGUGCCGCCUGUGCGGAAGCGAUUGGGGCGUACCUUGAGGAAUGCAAACUGCACAGCGAUUACGACUUCUGGGAGGAGGAAAGUGAGUCCACAGGGAUUCCUGUUGAGGAGUGGACGACACGUCGAUUGGUAUUUCUCUACGCCUUCUGCAAUGACUGCUCAACGAUUGAGCGUAAUAUGGACACGAUUGAGCUCAAGUUUGCCUCGUAUUGGGACGAAGAGGAAGGAGGUGAGUAUUCCUCGCCGUUUCAGAAGACGCAAGACGUGCUUUCUGAGCACGCCUCGUUCUACGUGGACGAGAUCGUGCUACACGUUGAGCGGGUGGUGAGUGCGCAGUGGAGCCUCGUCUUCCGCUCCAAGGAGUGGUAUGGCAACAACACCAACCCGACGGAGGUGAUUAUUGACACAAUGGGUGACUUUAUUGAUGAGGAGUUUACUAAGGCACUCGAAGAGCCACGGAUGCGCAUGGCUAUGCGGAGUAUGCUGAUGCGAUACGUUCACAAAUACAUUACCACGCUGAUGGAGUUCCUUGGCGAGGUUAUACGCCACCAAAGUACUCGCCAUGUGGAGGACUGGAAUGGGUUUGUGGACUGCUUUAGUCGUGACAUGGUGCUUGCCAUGGAAAUGUGGGGUGAGCGUGUGAGAGAGGGCAAUGGGAAGCUGGUAAGUGCUGCGCGGCGUGUGCUGGAGUUGAUCAUGCACCUCCUUAGUGUAAAGAAGCCGGUGGAUUUUAACUUUCUUGUGCAGAAGGACCUUCUAGAUGAGUUUGGUGACUGUCCGUCCUUUGUAGUGCGCUUCAUCUUGCAGGCUCGGCAGAAUGAGCUGGAUAAGGAGACGCGGGACGCCAUGCUCGCGCUCUGGAGCGAGCGUGUGGCGCAUCAGCAGCGCGGUGACGACGACGUCCCUACCGUUGGCUGGUCCCAAGCUCCCUCCAUCCUCGGCGCGCUGGACCGCUCACUGGCUGAACUCGACAAGCGGGGCGGCCUCUUCCGCGAGAGUGCGCAAAAGCGGCGCGCAAAAGCGGAGCAAAAGCGGCGGGAGGCUGAAAAACGAACCAAGCGAGAGGAACGCCGUGUUAGGCGCGAGGUCAACGCAGCAGCCGCAAAAGUGAAGGCCCCGUCAAGGACGAGGCGGCUCUCCCUGGCCGAUGAGAAUGUGGAGGUUGCUAACCUCGCCGACCUCUUCAAGUAG